GACCUUUCUGCGGCCUCCUGUCCAUGGUAAAGCCCUGUCGGCGUACUGUCCUGUCAGAUAGUUAUGUGAGGCUCAAACCAGAAGAAUCCCGGUAUUCCGGAAAGGGCAUUCCGACACCCCGCCAGGCACACAUAGAGCCUGUGCGAUGCAUGAGCAUUUGAUGCCUGUGUCGGCAAAAGAAAUCUUGUUGGCCUCCAAGUUUAUGAUGAGGAUGCUCGCCCUUAUAGAGCGCAGCAGUUGAGGAUUUGGCGUGGGGAUGUUUCUCUGCUCUUUCAAGGAUAUAUCCCAUUUCAUUCGGUGUCUGGAACCGAGGUGCGUGCGGGAGAGCGCCACCAGUUCUUCAGGCUGUGUGUAUCGUGAGUGCUUGAAGCUGAGCCAGUCCAAUUGACCACGGCCUCGCGUGACGGAUUGGUGGAGCGGUACUACCGACGGAGGAGGAGCUCUCCUACGGCACAGGCUCGGAGUGGUUCCUACGGCCACCCACCCGGUACUGGCAGUCCUAGGACCUGGUUGACGGUGUUACCUUGUCGCCAGAUGCACUCCACGCUUUCUCGUGGUGGGGCGCCGACUUUUGGUUGCAGGAUCCCAUUUUCCCCGCCUUGAACUUGAGGUCGCCCGCACCGCUCUCGCUUGAGGUCCGGCCGGGAGUUGACCAUCUUUCUCUUCAGCUUGAAGUACCAUUCAUAUUCUCCUCUUUCCCUCCGUGCCAUCUAUCUCGUUUCCCCCUUUCCCCCUCUCCAUCCCCCUGAAAGACAGUCACUGUCAGCUUUUACGCGGUAAUAUCUUCGACGCGAUCCGCAAGCUGUCUCUGGUUGUCGUCCUCCAUUGAAGCCUACUCUCUACGACUGACUCCGGUCACCCCUAGUUGAUCCUGGCAUUGGGAUUCGAAGCCUGACUCUCGAACACCUUCAAGAUGCAGACCAAGCACUUCAUAGACGAUCCUACCCACCUAGUGCAGACUGCGCUCCACAGUCUCACGCUCACCAACCCUUCUGUUGCCUUUGACCCCGAACACAAAAUCAUUUACCGGCGGCCGACCAAGGAGCUCACCGAGAAGCCCAAGGUUUCCAUCAUCUCUGGUGGUGGCUCCGGCCAUGAGCCUGCCUUCGCCGGUUUCGUUGGAAAAGGUUUCCUAACCGCCGCUGUCGCAGGGACCAUUUUCGCCAGUCCCAGCGCGGAAGCAGUCCGCCGCGCAGCCCUUACCAGAGUGCCGACAGAGAAAGGACUUGCCAUUGUAACAUUCAACUACACCGGGGAUGUGUUGAACUUUGGUAUGGCGGCCGAGAAGGCGAAAGCCGCCGGAGUCGAAACCGAGUUCUACGCCAUCGGCGACGAUGUUGGCGUGGGCCGUGCAAAGGGUGGAAAGGUCGGCAGACGAGGCAUUGGUGGUUCCAUCUUGGUCCUGAAGAUGAUCUGCGCACUGGCAGAGGCUGGCGGCAGCCUGCAAGAAGUCUACAACCUGACCAAACAGGCUGCUGGAAACCUGGUGUCGGUGGGAGCAUCCAUGGAGCAUGUCCACGUUCCUGGCCGUGCUGUGCCGGACCCCAACUCGGACGAAAUCAUCCCUACCGAAGAGAUCGAGAUUGGAAUGGGUAUUCACAACGAACCGGGCAGCCACCGCGUGUCUGCAACCUUGCCGGAGCUGAUCAAGACAAUGUUGGCCCAGCUAAUCGACCCCAAUGACCAGGAUAGACACUACGUGGAUAUCACCAAGAACGACAAAGUCGUCCUCCUGAUCAACAACCUGGGCGGCGUGAGCAACCUAGAGAUUGGCGGCAUCGUGGCCGAGGUCCACAAGCAACUGAAAGAAGACUGGGGAAUUGUGCCCGUGCGAGUCAUUGCCGGCACCUUCAUCACCUCUCUGAAUGGACUGGGCUUCUCCGUCUCUCUACUGAAGCUCGAGGACACGGGUCUCGGCCCCGGAAAGUCUAUGCUCGAACUCCUCGAUACCCCUGCGGAGGCUGUGGGUUGGGCCGCUGCAGUGCAGAAGUCCACGUGGGAAGCCGACAACUCUGCAACCAUGGACAAGUCGAUUGAGUCGCAGAAGGCCGCCCCCAGCAACUUGACCAUCGACCCCAAGCAAGCCCAUGCGAUCCUCAAGGCCGGAUUGGACAAGAUGAUCGCCGCUGAGCGGGAUGUCACCAAGUUCGACACCAUUGUCGGUGACGGCGAUUGCGGUAUCGGUCUGAAACGAGGCGCUGAGGCCGUCCUCAAGGAACUUUCCUCGGGCGAUCUGCCCUCCGACGUGGUUGCCUUUGUCAACAAGAUUGUCCCGGUCGUUGAGACUGCCAUGGACGGGACGUCGGGCGCCAUCUACGCCAUCUUCUUAAAUGCCCUGGCCCAUGGCCUGCGGGAACAAGACACCGGCUCCUCCAAGCCGGUCGAUACUCAGACCUGGACCGCGGCCCUGAAGUCCAGUCUCCAGUCAUUGGGAAAAUAUACCCCCGCAGUGCCGGGUGAUCGAACCCUCAUGGACGCACUGGUCCCGUUCGUCGAGACACUCGGCAGCACGGGCGACGUCAAGAAGGCAGCCGCCGCUGCCCGAGAAGGAGCGGAGAAGACCAAGAGCAUGAAGGCCAGCCUGGGCCGGACGGUAUAUGUCGGCUCUGAGAGCGAAUGGAUCGGCAAGAUCCCCGAUCCCGGUGCCUGGGGCUUGCAGGAAUUUCUGGUAGGCCUGGCUGAUGCCUGUUAGAUGUUGGAAGACUUGGACACAGAAAAGAAAAAUCGGAAGCUAUAUCUUGAGAAGUUGAACUGAAGCACUACGUAGCGCAUUUUGAUAAUUCAAGUUUGGGAAUCAAAUCCAUCUUUUGCUUGACGCUGGGUA